UUGUCAUUUUAUUUGUGGUAGUUUACUUCCUCGCUAAAAUUGGGUUGUGUGGUAUCUUGCUGCAGGUGCUGGAAGAACAUGAACAACUUGGUUCUAUCCUUUACUCCUAAAUUUACCAAAUUGCUAACUCUCGUACUACGCCAAGAAAAUCUACAGCUUGAGGACACUGCUGUUGAGACGAUUGCGAAAUUCUGUCAUGAUCUGCAGGAUCUGGACCUCAGUAAAAGUUUCAAGCUUGGUGAUCGCUCAUUGUAUGCUUUGGCCCAUGGUUACCGUAAUCUUACAAAACUUAACAUCAGUGGCUGCACAUCAUUCAGUGAUGAAGGUGUUGAAUAUUUGACUAAAUUUUGUCGAAAACUAAAAAUAUUAAAUCUCUGUGGAUGCGUUAAAGCUGCAACUGACUGCGCAUUGUAGGUAUGAACAAUGCUAGUAUUUACUUGCUGAUUAGAAAAUUGACUUACUUGAGUCAGAAAUAUUGGUAUAGGCUAUUGGUGAUCUAGGAGUUAUGAGUCUAGCAUAUGGAUGCCCUAAUCUUAGAUGCCUUGACUUGUGUGGCUGUGUCCGCAUAAUAGAUGAUAGCGUGAUUUCUUUGGCGAGUGGAUGUCUCCAUUUGAGGUCGCUUGGUCUGUACUAUUGCCGAAAUAUCACAGACAGGGCAAUGUACUCACUGGCUCACAGCCGAGUGAAGAACAAGGCUUCAAUCUGGCAGCCGAUGAAGGGUAGAUAUGAUGAGGAAGGUUUUAGAAGUCUGAAUAUAAGCCAGUGUACUGCACUGACUCCUUCAGCUGUUCAGGCAUUAUGUGACACGUUCCCCGCUCUUCACACCUGCUCUGGAAGGCAUUCCCUCGUCAUGAGCGGCUGCUUGAACUUAACGUCCGUGCAUUGCGCUUGUGCGGUCCAAUCACACCGCACACUAAACAAUAUUCUCCAUACAGCUCAUUGAAAGGGGACGUUAAAUCUAAUGUUGAUAUUGUAAGUAAAUGUACUACAAGGUCUU